CUCGGCCGUGCUACGGUGCGGACGUGUGUCGGAGGCUCUCGGGCGCGCUCGCGAGUAUUCGUGACGUAGACUAAUUAGCGAAAUUUGUUAAUUAGCAAUUAUUAUAAGUUUAUUUUGUGUUAUUUCAAAAGUGGAACAUUCGUGUUACUCUUGUGUUGGUUCUGUGCGUUGUAUUAAAGCGAAUUAUUAGUGUUUUGUGGUUGUGUUUCUGGAUCCUUGCUCCGGGCCGCGUGGAGGGUGUUUAACGCCCGUUUCCCGCCCCUGGGGUGUGAUUCCUGGACAGGCAGUGUUCACUGCCUGCGCAGUAAGUGGUUGUGCGUCGCCUAGCUCCUGUGGGGUGUGUUUUUCGCGUCUCGGGGCGUGAUUUGUUUCGCGCUUUUGAGGUUAGAAAACGUGCUUUGCAGAGGCGUGGUGACCGCGUGUUCAAUUUGACGUUUUGCGUCAGCUGUCACUUGUCACUGUCAGUGCCACUGUCAGUGUCAGUGUCUAGUUGACGUUUGUCUCUGGUCCGAAUCGCGCCGGGUCCGUAUCGGUAGCGUUACUAUAACGGUAGCGUUAUCGUUACUUCUCGGUAACGGUAUUGACUUAGAGCAGUAAGCCGCUGGAGAUGGACGGUGAUAAUAACACCCGUCGACUGAUUGCCGAUGAGAUGGCCAGGAAGGAGGAGGAACUGAGGAUCCUCGAGGAGAUGGCUGCCGAGAGUGGGUUCGCUCCGCGCCAGUCGCUCCAACGAACGCCGCCAAGUGGUUUCACCACACCGCCGCCGUCAGGUAUGGCCCCGUCGGGUUCGCAGGUAGCCAAGCGGCCGCUGACUUCGCCGGAGGACGUUGCCGAGGAGGUAGGCCGCCGGCGGGCAGUUGACCGUAGGAGACCGGUGCCCCCGGUCGGGGGCAUCCUGACGUCGCAGCCGGCACGUUCAUCGACAGCGGUUUCGAGCACACCCAGAACGACAGCCGUUACUGCGCAGCCGCAGCCGCAGCCACAGCCGCAAGCACAGCCGUCAUCAGUCGUAGCAGAGCCGAUGGAGGGUACCGAUGGUCCACAGGGUCUGGCCUCGUUGUCGAAGCUGGACCUUCUAGAUAUGGUGCACAAGUCUGUGAAGGGUAUCCACCAAGUCACGACGGCCACCAACAAGUUAAACCUAGCCGAUAAGACGACGGUGGCGUCACACAGCCAGGACAUCCUGGCCGUGGUGGCGGCACUGGAACUCCGACUGUCCGACUUGGAGCAUCAGCUCAGCGCUACAAAGCUUCAGGCCGCGAGCGCUGAGUUGGAGUUCUCAAAGCGGCUGAUGGGGGCGUCAUCAGGCGUCGCACCGGUGGGCCCUUCGCCGACUGUGCCGAGCUACGCGAAUGCCUUAAAGUUGCCCAAAGGCAAGGCGCCGAUAGCUGUCUCCAACCAGGGUCCGGCAGUCAUCUUCUACCCUGCGGACGAGGCCAUCAAGUCGUCCGAGGAAACGAAGAAGACCCUGCAGGAGGCGGUCAAGCCGACAUCAGAAGGGAUAAAGAUUCGCAGUGUAAGGAUGGUUGGCAACUCAGGAAUUGUGGUGAGGACCGCUAACGCUGAGGCUGCCCAGAAGCUUAAGGCCGCGGCCCCUCCCACCCUCAAGGUGGCGGAGCCAAAGACCAAACAGCCGAGGGUAGCCUUACGCUAUUUGAGAGCCGACAUCUCGGAGACUGAGAUCCUGGAGCAGCUCCAUCAGGCCAACUUCAGUGAUGACGCAGACUGGCCAGUGGAUAAAUUCAGGGCUAGUUGUAAACUGGCCCUGAAGAAGCAGGUGGGCCCUAAAUUCUUGGUGCUGCUGGAGUGCUCCAUGGCUCUCAGAGAUAAGUUCGUGUCUCUGGAGCGCGUGUACAUUGGGUGGGACGAGUUGGAGGUUAGUGACCACAUCCGCGCGUGCUGCUGUAACAAGUGUCACCAGUACGGCCAUCCGGAGAAAUACUGCCGAUCAAAGGAGACGGUAUGCGGCAAAUGUGGAGAGACCGGUCACCGGUAUAAGGAGUGCCAGUCGAGCACGGAGUGCUGCGCUACAUGCCGAAGGUUUAAACGCAAGGAGGCGCACACGCACACCACGGCAUCUCCUUCAUGCCCGGCGAGGCAGUUUGCAGAACAGCAGGCCGUCAACAUGCUCCAGUAUGGAUAAGCACGGUACGAUACUUCGAGUAGGGCAGCUCAACCUCAACGGUUCUCAGUCAGCCACCACAGAGUUACCGGUUGUGGCGCGUACACUGCACCUGGAUCUAGUGAUAGUCCAGGAGCAGUUCAGCAGCCACCCGGGCAUUCUGCAGUGUGGUGAGAACCCGAAAGCUGGCGUCCUCGCACUUAAUCGCGACGUAGCGCUCACAGUGUUGCAUCACUUGAGCAAUGAGCAUUGUCUAGUAGCCCACGCUAAGUACGGUGACAUCAGCGUCUACGUGAUAU